AUGGCCGCCUCGUCGGAGGUGGCGCAGCGCAAGCUUUGGGCUCUGGAUGCGCUGAAGCCAAUGGCAGCACUUCUGGCCGCCUCGCUGGCCUGCUGUGCCGCUGAGACGGCAGGCCAGGGCGCGGACUGCGCCGCGAGUGGCAUUGGGAGCGCUCGCGUGGCGUCGGUGGCCGCGUGGGCGAUGGGGAACAUGCUGGACGGUCAGUGGGGGGGUGUUCAGACGUGCAUGGCCAUCGAGGGCUUCCCGGAGGCGGUCGUGCAGUUUCUCAGGCACGUCGGUCGAGCCGUGCCGUGCGGGGGACGCGCCGGGGAGGCGCCAACGUGCGGGUGUGCGGGGUGCGGGGGUGCCGCGUGCUCACACGACGGACUCGCGCGCUGUGCGGCGGAGGUGGCGUGGCUGACGGGUUCCCUGGCGUUGGCGGGCUCGGACACGAAGCACGCGCAGCGGCUGGCGGUGCUGGGUCUGACGGGGGCGUGUGCGGGCAUCCUGACAGCGCUCGCAUCACUCCCCCCCAGCGCGGCGCGCUCGUCGCCGCUCCUGGCCCCGGCUGCACGCGCCUUCGCUGCCGUGAUGUCCAGAGCUGCGCCGACAGCGCUCGGCGUGCUGCUGUGCCCGCCGGACGCCCCGCCUGUACUGCGCGAAGGGUCGCGCCUAGCGCGCCUUGCCAGCGAGGCGGGAGCGGGGACCCGCGCGGCCGCCGCGCUGCUCGCGCUUGCCGCUGCGGAUGAAGCGCCGCCCGCGGAGGUCGUGCACGCCAUUGCGGCGGUGUGCGGGGCUCCGCAAGGUGUCGGGUUCCAGGCAUUGCUUGCAACGCACCUGCCGUGGGCGCCGACGCUGCUGAACCUCCUGGAUCGCGCUGCACGGCGAGGAUGCAUCACUGGAGUGCGCCUGGCAUCGCUCGCAGUGGCGAACCUGCUCGCCGGCGGCUCGGGCGGCACCGGCAGCCAGGAGGCCCUCGCGGCCGUGCUCGAGGCCGCCGGACCGGCGUUCGUCGCGCGAUCGGUCGCGCUCGCAAUCGAGGCAGCCCCUGCGCAGGGCGAGCCGACCGACGACGUCGCGGACGCGCCGCUGCACCUCGCGCGCCUCGCUGUCGCUGCGGCGGGGAAGCAGGCGGCCGCCGACGCGUCCGUGCGGGCAGCGUUGCAGGAAGCGCUGGCGUGUGCGGCGGCGGCGGGCGAGGGCGCGCGCGGUCCCUCGCCGCUCCUGGCCGCGCUAGUGCAGGAGGUUCGCGCUGUCCUCGAGUGA